AUGGGUGAACAAAAGUCCCCCAAUGACUCGCGCAAACUAUUGAAGCUCAUUUCGAUUUCCUUCAAAGAAGCGUCACUCGAUUCUCCAUCAUUCAGGGCCAGCGUCAACUUCUACCAUCUACAAGUUGAAUCAAUAGAGGCAUGGAUUGAGAACGCCUCCAAGUUUCUAGAAAACCGUUUUCUUCCUGCCUUGGAGGACUUUAAGCAAAUAAGUGAUACUUUGUUCGCACAGGCAUUGCCGCCUAGAGAUUACCUCUAUAAUGGGGUGGUAGAGAACCAACUAUACACACCAGAACUACUUGAUAAGUUCCAUAAAAGUUUACGAACACUUUCAGACGAUAUCUUGAACAUUAUAAAGGGGGAUCCUGAGUCAUAUCUAUCGGUCCUAAUGGAAAUGAUGAACGUUGCAAUUGAGCCUUACAAAGAAAUCAGAAAGGGCUUUGACUAUUAUCAGUCAAAGCAUGAUGCAUUACUAGCGAAAUAUCAAAGCAUCAAAAUAUCAAGUUCCAACGUUGAGCCUUCAAGCAUAAGGGAGGACGCUUUCCAGCUUUUCGAGGUCCGUAAAAGCUAUCUGCAAGCAUCUUUAGAUCUAACCUGGGAAAUUUCAAAGAUGCAGGAGAACUUGGAUGGAUUAAUGAUCAAGGUUGUGGGAAGUUUAAUCAGAAAGGGCUUCAAAAAGGUGUUUACGAACAAAGACAGUGGACCUGAUGACAUAUUGAAGGCUUACACAAUGCAUCAAAGAUGGUGCGAAGAAAUGUCUAAAAAUAAUGCAGUAAUAUCUAAAGACAUACAAAGGGCAAAAGAACAAAUUCAAGCAUACUCAAUUGAACAGCUUGCCCCCUCUAGAGAACUCAACGAUUAUAAUGUCAGAAGUAUAAACCAAGCAACUUUUCGCGCCGAGCAUAAGGCAGAAUCACCCCAAUUACCAGAAAAGAGUGGAUGGUUGUACAUGAAGACAUUUGUCGGAAAGCCCAGCAGGCAAAUCUGGGUAAGACGAUGGUGCUUUCUGAAAAAGUCAGUCUUUGGAAUGCUUUUAUUAUCACCCUCCAAAACAAGCGUGGAAGAGACCGAUAAAUUUGGAGUUUUGUUAACGAGCGUCAGAUAUGAUCCUGACGAAGAGAGGAAGUUUUGUUUUGAAGUGAAAAUUGUAGGUCAUGAUCCUGAUAGACCAUCUAGUCGAGAUAGCAGUUCUGAAAACAUAACUUUGGUAUUCCAAGCUGAGACUUUGUCUGACCUGAAAUGUUGGCUGAAAGUUUUUGACGAUGCGAAAAGGAGGGUGCUAUCACUUGAAAGUAAAGAACAAGAAUAUGAAAUGGCUUUUUCAAGGUUUCCUCCUAUCUUCUUCGAAUUCGCUUGCAGUUCCACUACUUCCAUUGAUAAAUUGGUCACAACCUCGGGGUCAAAUGGGACCUACGGAAAAUCACUCUUACAAUUGAUUGAAGCGGCAUUUUCAGAAUCUGGCAAUAUAAUCUUACCAGAUGACUCACCCUUUGAUCUACCAAUGUUAAAAGCACCUGUGACUACGAAAUUGACAAAACUUAGCAUCAUAUCUAGUUAUUUCAUCGAAAAUGAUGGUAUUCCAAGUGCGAUAAUGGCAAAUUUUUGGGGUAGCGUAGACUGGAGUGGUUUUUGCUUUUCAGCAGAGAACAACAAAAAGGCCAACAAGAAUAAAAAUUCACUUGGAAGAAAAUCUAAGAACAGUUCUCCAAACCCUGAUCUUGAAGACUCGACUCUUGUAAAUUGGAAUCCCAUAGAUUAUCCUGAUUACUAUCCAAAAAAAUUGCGUAAUGAUGACAUCCAAUUUCGAACACUUUUUUUCAGUGCGACAUCUCAGAAUAGAACUGAAAGCAAUAGAGACAUACUUCUCAUGCGGUUUUCAUGUACAUGGUCUCCCAAUACUAAGCAAGGAUUUUCAGGUCUUUGCUUUGUUACUUUAAGACACAUGUACUUUUACAUGAACUCGAUGGGUUUCAUAUGCUUACUUAGGAGAAGUCUGAAUGAAAUUGUCUCCAUCGAAUCAAGUGAACUGGAAAAGGAAAAAACAGAUGGCUUACUGAAACUCUAUGAUAUGCAAGGACUGUCAAUGAGGACGAUGAUAUUUUUUGAAGAUGCGAAUCUGAUAGCUUCAAAGAUGCGGGCCCUACUCGAUAAUAGUACUGAGAAGCACUCAAAGAGUGAAGAGGAAAUGCUUUCUAUAUUUACAAAAAUUGAAAAGGAGUAUGAAUUAAGAAAGAAAGUUACCGCAAAGACUGAUAAGAUACAGGAGCCUACUGAUCCAGAAAAGUUCAGCAAUAUUUUCUGGAAAAUGAACGACACCGUUAAUACACUCAGACAAAGGCAACAAAGCUUCCAACCCAAAUACUCUGCGGUAUUCAAAGCUAAUUUCAACAUACCAUGCCGAGCCCUCGUCCACGUCAUGUUCGGCGAUCGAUCAAAUACCUUCCCUAAGGCUUUUUUACUCGCUGAUAGGUCUGGAUUAGAUAACUCUAUGACAGCUUGGCACACAACGAAGAAAGACGAAAUAGCAGAGGUUGCACGCAAAAUUAGAUACAAGUUAAGUUCAACUAAAAUUCAUACUUCCAUUAAUGGCCAUACUGAUGCUAAAGAAUACAAAAAGAAAUAUCUCGAUGUAGUGCAGAUAUUUCGAAAAUCAAAAGAGAAUUUCUAUUACGAAGUCGAUCAGCGCACGGGGUUUUUCGAUAUUCCAUUUGCGGCAUUGUUCAAACUUGAAUCAAAAUACAUUAUAAUGGCCCAACAUGAAAAGGAAGAGAAGUCUAGAAAACAAGUGGAAUACAUAUGGGGUAAUUCUUCCCUUUACAUGUAUUAUAAUGUUGUUUUCGUCGACUCUAACACUAAAGAACGUUUAGAAAAGUUGUCAUAUUUCGAUAGAGUUGUCAAAAGGUUUGUUUUACAUCUUUGCUACUACGAAUCAAUGUUGACGAGAAGCGUCCUUCAGCAGUAUUUGGGCGAAAUAGGGAGACAUGGUAAAAUUAUUAAGGCCAUUAGGAUAUGCGGACAACUCGGAGUUGUGGAAGACGACAAGGCUGAUAACCCAGUUGAAAUUGCCACCAAUGCGAACAUUGUAAAAUUCUCACGUUCCCUUCUAUUCAGAUUUCUCAUGAGAUGGUCAUUAUUGUAUCUCGUUAACACGAUUUUCAUGGUGAUCAGAAUUUUGUUUCAUAUGUUGCAUACCAUCACUGGAAGCGUUUUGAUGCUCAACAGAACCAUUCUCCUUGCCCUCAUUUUAUCAAUUAUAGUGAAUCUUUCAUUGACUGGGAAAACAGCCCUUUCGUAUUGGUCAGUAAGGCGCGCUGAGUCUAUGUUCAAAGGUUACGUCGACGGAGGCCACAAACCUUUAGAGAGGGCAGUCUAUAUCAAGGAUCUCGAUUUACUAUCUGAUUCUUUGGCAAACAACAAUGAUGUGUGCUUUCAAAAGUUUUUACAGUCCUCCGAUAGAGUGGAAACAAAAUAUAGAAAAACAAGACAUGAAAUUGCAGUAAGAAGAAAUGAAGUUCUAGUCGAGUUAAAGAUACUCGCAAGCAUGGAGAAAGAGCUAGUGCACGGCGAUUAUAUGUCAUUUUUAUUAGAAGAAAUCGAUCAUUGUACAGCUGCUAGCCACGACUUCCCUGAUGUCUGGGAUAAUGACACUAAAUUACAAGAAUAUUGUGACAAAGUCCACUCAGAGUACGAAAAUGCUGAGCGGCUUUUAUGA